CUCGCAUCCAUAGCGAGCAUAGGCAGCCUCACUGUAGGUUGCUCUAGAGACUAGCACAAUUAAGUUUACAAUAGAGAACAGACACGUACUUUCCCAGCGCUUCUGGGCCACAAUGGGUGGAUGUUUUUCGGUUGCGGAGACGAGUCACGCAGCCCGGUAGGCAUUUUUGUUUUCUUAUCGGUGCCGCUGAACUAACCAGAACCGUCCAUGGCAAAGUGACACUGGGACUCGAACAAGUGACCCGCCUAACAUAGUUGUAAGUGCGGCUAUUUGAGAGAGACGCAACGUUGUGACCUGGGGGAAACACCGCAGGGUUACGUUUAACGGAUACCAGCCGGAUUUUCCUGCGCUUAACGUCAAAGAGUAUCCCGCCGCGGCUGUUUCCCCGUGGGGUUGGCUAUGAAAAGUGGACUGUCUGGUUUGUUUUCUCCAUCCACUUCAAGCCUGCAUGGAACAAAGUGUGCUUUCUGUCACAUAACCUGCGCCGUGAGGUAGACCCAGGAGGUUUGUCGGGCUGUGUUUUAGGCUGUAUGCCGUAACGUGUUGCAAGUCGAGAGUCCAGCUUCUCCCGAAAUCAUCAUGAGGACCACCGAAGAGACGGAGGGCUUUGACGGCGAGGCCUCCAACACUUCCAUGAUCUCCGGAGCCAGCAGUCCUUACCAGCCGACCACCGAGCCCGUCCAUUCAAGGAACGUUUUGGGGGGGAUAAGGUGCGACAUGGAGUACCUCAAGUCAUACUUUGGAAUAUUAAAGAUGGUUGAAGUGGUCCUGUCACUCAUUGGAUUCAUCUGUAUAGAAACUAUCAUGAUGUGUUCUCCCUGUGGAGGAGUCUACUUCUUUGAGUUUGUCAGCUGCAGUGCCUUCGUGGUGACAGGAGUCCUCCUCCUGAUCUUCAGUCUCAACCUGCACACCAAGGUGCCCCAUGUCAACUGGAGCCUCACGGACCUGGUUAACACUGCUGCCAGCACCUUCUUCUUCUUCUUGUCGUCUCUCGUGCUGGCCUGCAUCAACCACAACACUGGAGCUGAAAUAGCAGCAGUGAUCUUUGGCUUCCUGGUGACAGGUGUGUACGGAGUAAACACCUUCCUGGCGGUACGGAGGUGGCGCCUCGGCAAUGGAUGUCAGGGGGCGCCUCAGACCAGCGAGUACAUUCGAGCACGCACGGCAUCUCGUGGAGAAAUGGAGGCGCGACCUGAACUUGCAUGAGCAGGCAAUCAGAAAGACUAAGGGAAAGCCACACUACCGGCAGCUGACAGAGAUGGACACUACUCUGCCUUCAGAACAGUUAUUCAUUUAAGUCUUGGGCAGAACAGCCAUCUAAAGCUCACCACACGUUUUUGACUUCUCAUCACAACACUUCAGCUGUGCUUUCUGCCUGCUCGGCUACUGUAUAAAACAUAAUUUCACAGCCACCGAUGAGCUCUGUGCUGAGCUUUGUUUAUCAGGCAUCCUGGCUGCAGUUACGCAUAAAGAGUCUCGGGAAGUGAAGGUGAUCUCUGUAAAACUUCAUCCACAUAUCUUUCUAAAACAGUGUGAAGGAUGACUUCCAUGAUGAGCCAGAAAAGGCUGACUUCACUCCAACUGUGCAUCAACUCCUGUUCUGACGAAAGGUGUUGACUUUUUACAAAGUUGUGUUUCACUGUGAAUGAAGUGAAGUAAAAGAGGGCCAGCUUUUGUACAGUAUGUUUAUGUCACGCCGCUGUCUGUAAAGUCUGUGGUAAUAAAUGUGAUCGUUGAUCCAGGAAGCCACUGUACCAUAAAACAUACAGUAACCUGCAGUACAACAAAAGCACUAUGACUUCACUGAUCUUUCCUAGAUACUGACAUCAGCCUUUUGCUUCCACCUGUGAACCAGGCUGACAAUGGCUAUUUGAUUGUUAAGAUUACACUAACUUUACACUUAAGAUUACUCGACUAACUCUGCAAAUGCCUUUAACAUGUGACCUUUAGCCACUAUUGAGACAUUUGCUGCCUGCUGUUAUACAGUAAAAGUACAGGGUCAUUUUUACCUGCAAUAAAGGCGGGCAGUACAACAAAAGGUCAAUACAACUGAAAUGAGUGAAAAAGAUUUACUUCUUUGCAACAUAAAAACAUACAAUGGGUUUGAUUCAGACCAAAGUAAAAAUUCAUAUUACUUCACUCCAUGUACUUUAUCCCAGGUUGUGUGUAAGCAAGCUAUCUAAAAAAUAUCCUCUCUAGCAUUCCAAACGUUUUAAUUUUGAGGUCUGUGUUAGGUAAACACUGUGAGUCAGGAGUAGGUUAUAUCAGGCGAUGAAAGGUUAAUUGAUAUCUUGUUACUUUUGCACAUAUCAAAGGCUUCAGGUAACUCAGUUGUUGGUGGUACACCAGUGAGAUUCAUUUUUAUAAAAAAGUAGGUGACCUGGUCAGGAUCAAUGCCCUUAGCCUAUACACUGUAUCUCAGGUACUGACACACUCCUUCAUUCUUUGAUUCUUAAAGAACAUUUGAAAUGAGAUCACAGGGUGCCUCAACCUGAACACUGUAUUUCUUAAUGCCUUCCUAAUAAUUAGACAUGACAGGACUAUCAUAGGUAAUGGAAUUAAUUGAUACAUUUAAGUUAAGUGAAAAUUAAUUUAAAAAACGAAGAGUCAAGUGAAGGUAGAGACAGUGGGAUGGAAAUAUGGUACAUUUAGCAUUAUUGUCACAGCUUUUACUCUGUAUUUGGUUGAAUUAAAUGUCUGUAUGUAUCUACAGUAUAUUAUCACACUUCAUGUAUUCUGAAAUUUUUAUCAUUUCACAUCGCAGGUGUUAUAAAGCCCAUAUACAGAGUGCAAAACAGACUUGCUGUUCGUUUUAUGUUUUUUCUGUUUGGCCAGUGUACUUCACAUGCAAACAGGAGGCUUAAUCUAAAAAAAAAAAAUCACAUCAUAUUCACUUUUAAAGAUGAAGGAAGAGAUGUCUAUUUAAUUUUUGGUAUCUUAUAUUGUACUGAUGUAUUGAAUCAACUCUACAGUUAAACAUGUUUGUGUUUUCUUUGUUGUUAAACACCUCUUUGUGUAUAUUAGGCUUGGGUGAGUUUGUGCAGGGACUAAAUUGACUCUAUGGCUCCAUCUCCUGGUCUUCAUCCAAAUAUAUUCCUUGCAACUUCAUUGGACUGAGUGUAGUUACACCCAGGUAACUACAGUAUUGUGUAUGCUUAUAAGGAAAGGACCAGUAGUGUAUUUGUGGGGCAAAAUGAAAAACUGUAUGGCUUUUUAAAUAGCCUCAGUAGUUUUCCUCAGUAUACAGUAUGUUUGAUUAAUCAGGCUUUUCUCAUGUUUUUAAGUAACAUAUCAUGUUCUACUGCUACUUCUCUUGAUUUGGUGACUGAAGUAAUUGUAUGAAAAGACAAUCACCUUUGUAUUUAUGUCCAUCAUUUAAAUUGAUGGAUUUGUUUGUGAGUGAUACUAUAACAAUCUUCACUUAAACAUUUGUACAGCAAAACACAAAAUCCUGCAAGUGCAUUAUGCUAUUUGAUAAUAUAAACUGACCAUCAUAUUUUUCAGAAGCUACCAAGCUGCAGCUUUCUCUGUGUACAACUUUAUGCUACAGUAUGUUAUGAAUUGUAUUUAUGAGAAAGAAAAGAAAGGUUUUCCACUAUAGUUUCCAGUUUGUGAUAUAAAACAGUGUACAUGAUAAGUCAGACUGUUUGAGUGAAUUUAGAAGUGAGAUGCUCUUCUAUUUCCUUUUACUUCUGUGUGCUUUGUUAUUGACUACAACAAGGUCUGUCAUGCACAGCAUGGAGCCGUACUUAGCUGUAUUUUUUGUAUUUAAAACAUUCUUAACAGGUUUCGCAUCAGUUUAUAGUGACAAUUUAAAUAAAGUGAUUUGGACAUGAUCAAAAAUAGCUCAGGUUUUUAUUCAGACAUUUUAUUGUACAAAAGGGCAAAACAGUGAAGGACAAACUUUAUUUGUCACCUACAAUAGCUCAGCAAGAGGCCUCAUUUAUAAAACAGCACUGUGUUCAUCUCGAUCGUAAGAUUAUUUUUAAACUGUACGGCACAUGGGUAUAGUUGAGUUUUAUUGCUGUCCGGUGAAAACCAGAUGAAGUGAAGGAUUAAAUGUUCCUUUGUCCUACUUCCUAGGAAAAAUAAACCA